ACCACUCCACUAGCAAGCACAAUCACAAACAGAGGGACACUCCAACAAAAUUGAUACUACACUCAUGGCCAAGGCAAAGUCCAUGGCGGCGCUACUCGCCGUGGUCCUGGUCCUGGGCGCGUCCGUGGACGUCGCGCACGGCAUCUGCAACAUCUCCAGCGGCGGGAUCCGUGCGUGCCAGCCGGCGGCGGCCAUCCACAACCCGACGGACGCGCCGUCCGCCGACUGCUGCGCGGCGCUGGCGGGGGCCGACCUGCCGUGCCUCUGCCGGUACAAGAACGUCGGCGCCAUGUGGGUGAGGUUCUACAAGAUCGACGUGAAGCGCGCCAUGGCGUUGCCGCGCAAGUGCGGCCUCGCCAUGCCCGCCAACUGCUGAUGGAUGCGUCACCAAAUAUAAUAAUGGACUGAAAUACCUAGAAUAAAUGAAGCACGUACAAGACCGUUUCGUGCUUCUCUUGGUGUGUACUCUGUACUGUACUUCAUGAG